CUUCACUCGAUGUCGAUUGCCAUUUCCAUUUGUGCCCCCUGUCUUCUCAUAUCUAUAUCUAUCGACGAGCCUCGACCAUUACGAUCGUCCCAGUAGUCGCCUUCGCCGUAACCCUUGUCUAUCAGCCUAUUGAACCGCAGGCGCUCUUCACUGCCUCACCUGCCCUCAAACUUCCCACGUCAAUCCCAAGUGAAGUGCGUAUGCAUUCUGACCACACGUCUCUCACAAAUUUUUGAACAAUACUCUCCUUGUAGCGUGGGCGACGGCAACAGCAAUAGACGCAUCGAGUCAGGGAUACUGCGCCCAGCCAUUUUCUUCUGCGGGAAACCGAAUCGAGCGCAACGUAACCAUCAGGUUAAACAGUUUUGACACCCGACAAUACAGUUCAUUGGCACUGAGAGUACUGCCGGGUGUAGGAUCGAGGAGAGCCAAGUGACGAGUACAGAGGCGCAAGCGCUACGAGAUCAAGAUCCAAGUCGCGUCACCGGCUUCGGCAAACAAUAUGGCUUCAAACAACGACACUAUUCCUCCCACCGAACAUUCAAAAGCCGAAGAGGAUUUAGCACCUCACGACAACAGCUCGGAUGGCGAAAGAGAAGAAAAGACUACACGGGAGAAGUUGAAACAGACAACCAUCGCUAAAGGCGACGAUCAACAGUCAGGCGAGGCAACCACAACUGAUCCUGUCUCCGAGACGGUUGUUGAGAACGGGUCUAGAGGGCGACCGUCCAAAAAACGAUCGUUUGAAGACCUGCAAGCAGAAGACUCACCAGCAGGAGUCGAAAACGGUGGUCCUCCACUACCGAAGAAAGGCCAGCACAAGAGGAUGCGAUCGAGAGAAGUCUCCGGCACUGAUGAAGUCCAAGGACUAGACAAACUCUCUGAUGUUGCAAGCCCGGUCCAAGAAGAGAGCGAUGCUGAGGCACAAAAAUCACCCGGUGGUCCCGGAGUCCUUGUUAUAGCACCGUCCAAGGAUCACGAAGAGGAGUCCACAGCUGCAGACAAGUCCGCAGAAACAAGUAAGACGACCACCUCAGCCCUCACUGCUAAGGAUCAAUCGAAAGAGCAAACAUCUUCCUCCUCUGGUUUCGCCAAUACAAGCACAGCCUCUCCAUUUGGUUCUUUCAAACCGGUCAAAUCACCAUCUUCCGAGGCCGAGUCUACGUCACAGCUAGAGAAGGCCACCACAACAUCGGCAUUCGCAUCUUCAGGUCUUUCUGCUUUUGCAUCUUCUGAGAAAUCUCCGUUUGGCUCAGUGGGCUCAACGGCGAAAGCAAGCGGUGGCUUUGGUGGAGGUGGAGGUGGCGGUGGAAGCAGUUUUGGUACCCCAUCUCCUUUUGCAAGUAAAUCCUCAUCUGGUUUUGGCUCAGUUGGUGGAUUUGGUGCUAAGGCUGGAUUUGGUGGAAGCUUUGGUGCCCCGAAACCGUUUGGAUCAGGCGGCUCGUCUUUCGCGGCUCCUGCUGGUGCAGCUGGUACUUUCGGUAAACCCAAACCUUUCUCGCCGACACAUGACGAUGUCGACGAAGGAAGUGACAACGAUGGUGCAGGAAAUGAUGAAGCAUCUGCUGUGGAUGCCCCCCAAGAUCCUAGGUUUAAGGAACAAGACGUCGCGACUGGUGAAGAAGAGGAAGACACCAUUUUCACAUGCAGAGCGAAGCUUUAUCAUUUCGAAAAGGAAUGGAAAGAGCGUGGAGUUGGCGUGUUCAAAAUUAACAUUCGAUAUGAACGCAAAGCUCUGGGCGAUACAAGUGAAGACGAGAAAAACGAAGGUGAAAAAGAUGUCGAAGCGGGCGAGAAGGACGACUUUUCUACCGUCGAGCGUAAAGCUCGUAUCAUCAUGAGAACUGAUGGUGUGCAUCGUCUCGUUCUAAAUACGCCAGUUUUCAAAGACAUGAACGUUGGAACACACGACGGGAAAGAGCCAACAGGCAGAACAAUGCACCUGACUGGAUUAGAAGAGGGCAAGCCAACGGGCUAUCAAAUAAAGGUCGGCAAAGAAGACGUCUUGAAAGACAUUUAUCACAAGAUUCAACAACUCAAGGAGGACCUCUGAAAGAAGAACGACACGCGGCAGCCGGGUCGAAGGUUACGCACACAACAGAUCGGACAUGGUCUAUGAGAAGAACUGGCUUCAAAUCAGGAUACACAUCGCAUUUGAUUCCGUCAGCUCGGGAGGUUUCUUCCUUCCGUGGUGACGCUCACGAUUCCACUCUUGACGAACUAUUUUGACUUGAUGGUGAGCAGGGAUGAGUGAACGAAUGUAUUUGGUAUUGGGCGAACCAUAGGAAUUGGUCCGCAGCCAAACAAACAUCAACCUCGAGGGGCAACAAGAAAGAGGAAUCGAGUUUUGAUCCAUAGAUUCUAAGAAUAGGUUUUUUUACUUAGAGGUCUUUGGUAUAAUUGUGUGUGCAUCUUUUACUACGGCAAUCGGGCAGAUUGGAAGAUGAGAGAAUCACGAAUGAGACAAGAC